CUUUGUUUGAAGAUACAAAUGAGCUCAGAAACUGAGGAUAGACUUCCAGUUAUAGAUUUCUCAAAGCAAGAGCUGAAGCCAGGCAGCCCUGAAUGGGGUUCCGUGGAAGUCCAAGUCCGAGAAGCACUUGAAGAGUAUGGCGGUUUCGAGGUUUUGUUCGACAAAGUCGCAGAGAUUCGAGAGGAGGUGUUCGGAGCCAUGGAAGAGCUCUUUGACCUUCCUUCACCAACGAAACAGCUUUUCAUUUCCAACAAACCCUUCCUUGGCUACCAUGAUGCUACGGCAAAACUACUGCGUGAAAGCAUGAUGAUCGAUGAAGCACAUGUUGCUGGAAACAUUGAUCAAGGUCUCACCAAGAUCUUGUGGCCUCAAGGAAACAUAAGCUUAAGCAAAACUAUUGAAUCUUUUACACAGUUAGCAGCAGGAUUAGAAAAGACGAUUAGGAGGAUGGUUUUGGAGAAUUUUGGCAUCGAGAAAUACAAGGAUGAACUCAUCGACAACACAAAUUAUGACCUGAGGGACACUAAAUAUGGAAGGCCACAAACCGGAACCGAGCCUACCCUUGGAGCAGAUGCGCAUAAUGACAAGGAUUUCAUGACUCUUUUGCAUCAAAACGAGGUUAAUGGGUUAGAGAUUCGAACAAAAGAUGGCGAGUGGAUCAAUAUAAAGCCCUCGCCCAACUAUUUCGUAGUCAUAAUCGGCGAGUCCCUUAGCGUAUGGUUAAAUGGUCGAUUGUCCGCGCCUUACCAUCGGGUAACGACGAAGGGGAACAAGGUAAGAUACAGCAUCGCAGUUUUCGCAAACCCGAGAGGAGUAUACCCUGUAAAGGUUCCAGAAGAGCUUGUGGCUGACAAAAAUGGCUUGCUCUUCAAAACCUUUGACUUCGAAGAAUAUUUGGGAUAUUACGCUGCCCAGGCAGCUCGAGGAGAUUUUAUUGAUCUUAAAGUUUACUGCAAUAUCUAAGAUUUUGGGCAUCAAUAAGCUUUAUUUGGAAUGGAU